AUGAAGUUCGUGCCGGCAGGCGUCGUGCCCUUCGUGGCCCUGCUCCUGCUGCAGCGGCGGCCGGUGGCCGGCCGGGCGCUGCUGGUGACCGGCCCCGGCUGCCCCGGUCAUGGCUUGUGCCGCUCCAACGUCCAGGAGCAGCAGACCCGCAAGCUGGUCACGCUGCUCAACGCCACCGCCCAGGACCUCUUCAGCCUCUAUCUGAAGUGCCAGGGAGAGCCGUUCAGCAGCGAGACCGACAAGCUCUGCAACCCCAGCGGCAUCUUCUUCCCCGCUUUCCGUGUCAACCGGACGAGCGAGAGGAAAGAGGUCAUGGUGGCCAUGUACAAGCUCUUCGCCUUCCUCAACGCCUCGCUGGGGAACAUCACGCGCGACCAGGAGGAGCUCAACCCCACGGCCAAGGAGCUCCUCGACCGGCUCCACAACACCACCAAGACCACCCGGGGCCUCAUCUCCAACCUCACCUGCCUCCUCUGCAAGAACUACAACAUCUUCCAGGUGGACGUCACCUAUGGGGAGAGCUCCAAGGGCAAGAGCGCCUUCAAGAAGAAGCAGCAGGGCUGCCAGGUGCUCAGGAAGUACGUGCAGGUCAUCGCCCAGGCGGCCCGUGUCCUCCUACCUCAUCUCAGCCCCCCGUGAGCGCCCGCCCCGUCUGCUCUGCCUCCCCCCACCAGCCGUCCCCCCGC